CAGAGAGCGAGUGAAUUUACAUUGCGCGUAAUUUUUAAUAACUUCUUUGAGAGUCACUCUGGUCUUUUGUAUUAUUAUCAUUAUUGUUGUGGGAUUGAAACUAUGAGCCAGCGGCAAGUUUUACAGGUUUUUGAGCAGUACCAGAAAGAAAGGAUGAAGUUUGUGCAAACAGUUGCAGAGCUUGCAACAAGACCUCAAAAUAUUGAAACACUUCAAAAUGCAGGUGUGUUGUCGCUCCUGAGGCCUCUCCUUCUGGAUGCCGUCCCGAGUAUCCAGCAGACGGCUGCUCUGGCUCUCGGAAGACUCGCCAGCUAUAACAAUGACCUGGCUGAAGCAGUGGUGAGGGGAGAAAUCCUGCCUCAGCUCGUCUACUCGCUGGCCGAAAAUAACCGCUUCUAUAAGAAGGCGGCGGCGUUUGUUCUCCGUGCCGUGGCGAAGCACUCACCUGAGCUCGCACAAGCUGUGGUAGACUGCGGUGGUGUCGAAGCUCUUGUCAUCUCCCUGGAGGAGUUUGAUCCUGGAGUAAAAGAAGCUGCUGCAUGGGCGCUGGGCUACAUCGCUCGCCACAACGGCUCCUUGGCUCAGGCGGUGGUGGACGCAGGCGCGGUUCCUCUGCUUGUUCUCUGCAUGCAGGAGCCUGAGAUUGCCCUGAAGAGGAUCUCCGCUUCAACGCUGAGCGACAUCUCCAGACACUCACCAGAGCUUGCGCAAACUGUCGUGGACACUGGAGCCAUUGCUCACCUGGCACAGAUGAGCCUGCACCCAGACACCAAACUGAAGAGGCAAGUGUUCUCAGCUUUAGGCCAGAUCUCCAAGCACUCUGUGGACCUGGCAGAGAUGGUGGUUGAGGCAGAGAUCUUCCCUACUGUAUUGGCCUGCCUUAAGGACCCAGAUGAGUGUGUGAGGAAGAACAUCAGCACACUGAUACGAGAGAUCACAAAACACACCCCUGAGUUAUCCCAGAUGAUCGUGAACGCUGGAGGUGUAGCAGCUGUCAUUGAUUUUCUAGGGGACUCUAGAGGGAACGUGCGAUUGCCCGGCAUCAUGAUGCUCGGCUACGUGGCUGCACACUCGGAAAACCUCGCCAUGGCUGUUAUUGUAUCUAAGGGCGUACCUCAGCUGGCUAUCUGUCUGUCAGAGGAGACGGAGGAUCACAUAAAGGCUGCAACAGCCUGGGCACUGGGACAGAUCGGCCGUCACACACCAGAGCAUGCAAGAGCUGUAGCCAUGUCUAACGUGCUCCCCAAACUGCUAAGUCUCUACCUGGGCACCCAGAGCUCAGAGGACCUGCAAGUCAAGGCGAAGAAGGCUUUAAAGAGCGUUCUUCAGAAGUGCACUUACCUUCCGGCACUGGAGCCACUGCUCUACGAAGCUCCCAGCAAUGUUCUCAAACACAUCAUCUGCCAGUUCAGCAAGGUUCUUCCACAUGACAGUAAAGCUCGGAGGUUGUUUGUAACUAGCGGAGGACUGAAGAAGGUGCAGGAAAUUAAAGCUGAGCCCGGCUCCGCUCUGCUGGAGUACAUAAACGCCAUUAACGCCUGCUACCCUGAGGAGAUAGUCAGGUAUUACUCACCUGGAUAUUCAGAAGCACUACUGGAAAGGAUCGAGAACUAUCAGCCUGCUUAGGACAGGAAGCUCAUGUCCAUGAUUAGCACUCUUUACUGCUUUAUUAAAUAAUCUUAUUAAAUCCAGGGCACUCUGACAUGUAGCAUCUGCAUCUGAUGAGUGCCCAUGUGUGUAGUAUAGUGUCACGUGUGAUUCAAAGUACUUUUUUGUUAAAAGUCGCAAUGUUUAACGCUUUAAUUCCAGCAUUAUGCUUUUA